AUGCGCUCACCACCCCGACUAAGUGGAUCAUUAACAGAUUUAGGAACAUCGAAUAAUGAGUUUAGUAUGGAGCACCAAAAUACCCAGAGAAAACGUAAGCAACCAGAGCAUAGUUGCAACUGCAACUGUGCACAAGAACUUCAAGAUUUCCGCAAAGAUGUUACGUCAAUGUUACGAAAAUUCACAAACACCCAGGAAGCUACAAUGAACUUCAUUCGUGACAAUAUUACAGAAAUGAAAACACAGGUAACCAACAUUAAAGUGACUACCGACACUCUAAAUAAAGACCAGAUAUCAAUGAAGGCCCAAAUAUCAGACAUAACUACAAAGGCAACAGCGGCGGAUAGUAAAAUUCAAUCUCUUGAGGCAGAAAUCGUUACUUUAAAAAAUAAUAUGGCAUUCGGUACGACGAUGUCAACUUCUGAUGAAAAUGUUAUCCAAGAAUUACAAGAAAGGGUUACUAGGAAAAAAAAUAUAAUAGUGAAACUAUCCAGCACAAACAAAAAUGUUGAGGAAAUGCGCCAUCAAAUUAUUGAAUUGAAAAAGCAGAACACUAUGCUUAGAACAGAUAUCAAUUACAAAGAACAAAUGGAGCGUCUCUUGAAAUUAGAAAUAAUUGGUCUCCGUGAGGAUAAAUGCGAGAACCUAAAGAAUAUAAUAAUAGCCGUGGGGAACCAAUUUGGAGUCCCGUGGGAGCAUAACGAUAUUAUUCAAGCAAACAGAGUAACACCAAAAACAAAAAUCCAAGGCAGACCCAGAGUUAUAAUGGAAAAGUUAAGGUCAAGAUUGCUGAAAGACAAUCUUAUAUCCGCAUCACACAAACGCCGCAUUACCACAACUGAUAUUAACCUAAAAGGCGAUUGUAGACCUAUUUAUAUAAUCGAACACCUGACUGUGCAAAAUAAACAACUUUUAAAUAAAACUAAGGAAACUGCUAAAAACGCGAAUUCCUCUACACCUGAACCAAAAACGGAAGAUUUUUUGUUCACAAAGCAGAUACAUCACCCCCAAUACUAA